AUGGCAGGGUUUAUUUUGAUCGGAGGCGGCACGGCAGGACUCGCCAUAGCGGCGCGUCUAGCCCCCAACUUCUCCGUCGCCGUGGUCGAGGCCGGCGGAGUUUAUGAGACGGACAACGGCAACCAGAGCGUAGUGCCCUAUUACGCGCUGACUAUGCCGCUACUGUCUUCAGACGCGGCGACGUAUUUACGCCAGCCUCUGGUGGAUUGGAGCUUGGUCUCCGUCCCGCAACCGGGAGCCGGCGGGCGCAAGAUUCACUACGCUCGAGGCAAAACGCUCGGCGGCAGCUCUGCGCUCAAUACGCUGGCGUAUCUGCGCGGGUCUAAGGGAACCUACGACUGGUGGGCUGAAUUGGUCGGCGAUGAGAGCUAUCGCUGGGAUAAUGUGCUGCCGUUCUUUCGGAAGAGCUGUCAGUUUACGCCGCCCGAUCUGGAGAAGCGGAACGCGGCCAACGCGACGCCGUACUGGGACCCGGAUACGUGCGGUGUUGGUGGUGGACCUCUGCAGGUGUCUUUUGCUAAUUGGGUCGACCCGACUAUAGCGUGGCUCGCAAAAGCACUGCAGGGCAUUGGAAUGCCGCUGGGCCCAACAGGCCUGAACGCUGGUUUACUAAACGGUCUGGGUGAUUUCGUUUCGUCAACUAUUGACCCGCGCCAUGCGACUCGUUGUUCGUCGGCUGCGAGUUACCUGCUUGAGGCCAUCGAGGAGACUGAGUUAAUGGUGUAUCCGCAUACACAAGCGACCAAGAUACUGUUCCAAGAUGGGAAGGCCAUGGGCGUGGUAGUCGACACGCAAGGGCUUGAAUACACAUUGAAUGCAACCAAAGAGGUUAUUCUGUCGGCCGGCAGCAUCCACUCUCCCCAGCUUUUGAUGAUCUCGGGUAUUGGCCCCAUGAGCACCCUUCAGUCUCUCGGCAUCCCCGUAAUCAAGGAUCUUCCGGGUGUCGGACAGAAUCUCUGGGAACAACUCGCCCUCAACGUACAACAGGGGGUUAAUACCUCAGCCAGCACCACCUUUGUCAGCUCCCCCGAUCCAGCCGUACGACAAGACAUCCUACGCCAAUACCUCGACGACCAGGCCGGGCCUUUCAGUGCAGCAGGCGGUUAUUCCUCCUUCGAGAAGAUCCCCACCUCUCUACGCUCCAACUUUUCCCAGUCCACGAUAGACAAGCUCGCAGAUUUCCCCCCAGACUGGCCCGAAAUACAAUACGUCCCGUUCGGUAUCCCGUCCGGCUUAGUAGAUCCCCCAACCAUCGGCGCCUUUACUGCAACACUGUUGGCGCCGCUGUCCCGCGGCAACGUCACCAUCACCUCCCCCAGCGUCAAGGAACCCCCCGUCAUCGACCUGGGCUGGCUCUCGGACCCGGGCGAUGGUGAGGUCGCCGUGGCGGCACUUAAGCGCUGUCGCGAGGCCUGGGCUGAUCCGUCGACUGCCUCUAUCCAGGUCGGGCCCGAGAUCGCACCUGGUGUGCAUGCCGCGACGGAUGAGCAGCUUCUGGACUAUGUUCGGCAGACGGCCACGACGGUUUGGCAUGCGAGUGGCACGUGCAAGAUGGGGCAUAGCGACGGUAGCGAUGCCAUGGCCGUGGUGGAUUCGCAGGCGAGGGUGUUUGGCGUACAGGGUCUGCGUGUAGUAGAUGCGAGUGUGAUCCCGUUUGCCGUGCCGGCGAAUCCGCAGGGCACGGUGUAUAUGUUGGCUGAGAAGAUUGCGGACGCGAUACUUGGGGCGUGA